AUAACCAGCGUCGUAGGACCGCUUAGCGAGAGCGCGUUUGUUUUGGAUUAGGCCAACCGGCUAACUCAUAUCCAGGUUAGGUUGAACCUGCUUCGUAGUACAGGCCUCUGACCCAGGUGCCCUGAGGUACUGCAAUCAAGGCUGGGCACAGCACAGCCACACCCUCUCCAGAUGAACCCACAGUGGCAUCACAUCAGUGACAGAAGGAGAAGUAUAAAACCUAACAAACCAUAAAACCUAACAUCCAUAAUUGUCAAGGCAACACCCUUCUGUCUGAGGACAUUCAGUAGUUAGGGUUUGAUUUAAACUUUGAGAAGAUCAACCCAAGAUAAACCUAUAUAUAUUGACUUAUGAUACAUUUCCAUGAUAUGUUUGACCCUCAGAAAAACAACCGAAGUUCAGACCGGUCGAUGGAUCUUUCGAUGGAUCGUCCAAUGGAUCGUCCAAUGGAUCGUCCGACGGAUCGUCCGACGGUUCGUCCGACGGAUCGUCCGAUGGAUCGUCAGAUGGAUCGUCCGAUGGAUCGUCCGAUGGAUCGUCAGAUGGAUCGUCAGAUGGAUCGUCAGAUGGAUCGUCAGAUGGAUCGUCAGAUGGAUCGUCAGAUGGAUCCUCCGAUUGACCGGCCUGUGAGGCAGGUCAAAGGUCAGGAAAGUCAGGUGGUCUUCUUCAACAACAUGCCCAGAGACGAGAAGGAUAAGAAGGAGCUGCUUACCAUCGCGGCUCGAUUCGGAGAGGUGGAGAAACACCUGUUCCUCACAGACCAGGCGUUUGUGCAGCUGGGGACUCCGGAGGACGCAGAGAUGCUGGUGAAAUAUUACAACGUUCACUCUCUCACCAUCAAGGGCCGACCCAUCCGCCUCAACAUCUGCACCAAGUACAAGACCCUCAAUGUGAACAAGAAACUUGGAGGCGCUCGAGGCCCGAGGACCGGAGGACCAAACGCCUCCAGAACCUCCUCAACCGCCUCCAGAACCUCCUCAACCCCCUCCAGAACCUCCUCAAACCCCUCCAGAACCUCCUCAAACCCCUCCAGAACCUCCUCAAACCCCCCCAGAACCUCCUCAAAUCCCCCCAGAACCGCCUCCUCUUCCUCCAGGUCCAGAUCCAGGAGUCGGGAGGAGAGGAGGGAGGAGGAAUCGAAGGCUGAGGAGGCUGAGGAGGAGCAGCCGGCGGCAGGAGAAGAGGAGGAGGUUUCAGGAGUCAUGGAGGGGGAGGAGGAGAAGGAGAAUGAGAAUGUGGAUGUGAAGGAGGAGGAGGAGGAGACGGUGAUGGAAACUAUGGAGGAGGAGGAGGAGGAGGAGGAGGAGAAGAAGCAGGAGGAGGAGAAGCAGGAGGAGGAGGAGAAGCAGGAGGUGAAGCAGGAGGUGAAGCAGGAGGAGAAGCAGGAGGAGGACAAACAGGAGGACAAACAGGAGGAGGUUCCUGAUGAUGUCACUGAUGACACACCUGUUGAAGUGGCCGGGGCUCCAGGGGAGAUCACGCAGGGGGCGGAGUCAGAGGCCGCGCCAGAACCCGAAGUCUCUGCAGAAAAAGAACCGAAGGCAGAACCAGAGGAGAACCAGGAGGGAGAACCGCCUGCUGACAGCUUUGAGGAGGACUUCCUGGAGAACAUGGAUGACUUUGUGACGUUGGACGAGCUACAGGAGGACGAGGAGGAAGAUGAGGAAGAGGAGGAGGACACCACCGACAACUCCAGGAAAGGGGGCAUGAGGGUGGUGAACAUCGUGGGCUUCAGGCGAGGUUAUAAGUUCAUGAACGACCUUCUGGCCCUGGCAAAGCCGUUUGGGAAGGUGGUGAAACAUCUGGUGCUGGACCUCAGACCUGAGGCGUAUCUUCAGUUUACCACAGAAGAAGAAGCUCGAGCUAUGGCUACCUUCUACAGCUGUAAUGUGACAGCUUCUAUCUGUGGUCGACCAGUGAGAAUCAGCCAUUCAACGAGCUAUCCUACCAUCCAGUGUGGAUCCAGUAAAGUUGUUUACCUCGGUCAGAUCCCGAACUGUAAAUACUCCGACGGUGACGUCCUGAAACUGGCCGAACCGUACGGAAGAGUCCGGAAGUAUUUCCUCAACCGGCUGAAGAGAGAGUGCUUUGUGGAGAUGGAGAAGGCGGAGGAAGCGGAGAGAAUGGCUGAAGAUUGCAAAGAGAAUCCUCCGAAGUUCAACGGGAAGCGACUCACGGUUUACGUCAGCAGGAAGUACCGGCAGCUCAAACACGG